UUAACGCACGGACCGAAGAGUGCACCAUUAAAUUUCCGCCGGACCAACAAGCGCAUCGUCUUUGAGCAUGCACAUCGUAAAUAUAAUUUACCUUUCUCUGUUUCCUCUUAGGCAUAACGUAAGUUAGUAAUGUCCAUAAAAUGGCGUAGAACAUCGAUGGUAUCAUUAGAGUUGAUUUAGAAUCGGUAUCUUAAAUUGAUGGCAUAAACAGUACCGCCCGGUGCCUUAUAAAUAUAAUUUCCGAUGCCUAAAAUUAAAUUGGGAAUCUUAAAAUUGUUCAGGCAAUUAAUUUUCCAAAGCGAAGGGGCCGAGUGAAUUACUUGAGAGGUUGUCGAGUGCCAAACUAACAUGCUGACCUAAAUUGUGAUCAAGAUUAGUUUAAUAUCUUUCUCUAAAGCAGCAUAUUGGUUUCGUGCCUCUACGUAAAGCAGUAAAUAUUAUUGUUUUGAUAGCAGCUAUUCGCGUCAAAAUCGUAUUUUGUUUUCCUUGGUCGAAAUGACAAAACACGUUAACAUUUGGCACUACUUAAACAACAUCAAACAAAACACGUUAACCUUUGGCACUAUUUAAACAACAUCAAAACACACAAAAAGACGCAUGUUUGCAAUGUGCACCAGCUAUUCUAUAUUUUGUAAAGUACACUUACAUUUCGAGCACCAUCCGCUAACUUUGCAGUUCCUCGUUGUGACUCUUAACAGGACAAAUGCGGCGACCGGCCAUGCAGCAAAUAAGAAUGUUUGCCAACUCACCGUUUUUCCAGACUUUUUGAGCCAACUCACACCAGCAAUAAUAAUAAAUAAUGAAUAAACAACACGUAUGCAUACUUGUGUAAUUAUGAUCUCAUCUCAAUUUACUCAAAUGAAUUACUCGGUUCGACUUUUUUUUUUUUAACACAAAGCUAGUUAACACGCACGUAGCCUCGAUUUAUUCUUAAAUGCUCACCAUACUUCUACUUUUCUCUUUGAAGUGUACCUCGAAGUUGGAGUCAGAAUAACAAAUCAUGGCAUCGCUGGUGAGUAAUGGUUUAUGGCGCGGUGACAUGAAGCAUCUAGCUGCAAUCAAUGGGACUCAUUUUAUUUUUAUUUUGUUACAAUGUAUUUGGUAGGCUACUGAUUUGGGAGAUAGGGGAACAAUGGAACGCUGUAAGAAAAACUGCUCGUUUGUGUUGCAGGGGAGCAGCAGUUCGUCCGGCACUGAAUACAUUGUGCGAGUGCCUAAAAAUACUAACAAGAAAUACAACAUCAUGGCUUUUAACGCCGGGGAUAAAGUCAACUGUUCAACGUGGACACAGGCUCGUAUGGAGAGAGACAUGAGCGCUCGGAAGAUAUAUGGUGAAGAAGAGACACCGGAGGGGGCAGCUGGCAGCGAGUUUGGCAAAAAGCAGCGUGAGGAGGCGCGGCGGAAGAAGUUUGGCAUUGUCACGCGGGAGUUCAAACCGGAGGACCAGCCUUGGAUUCUUAAAGUUAACGGCAAGGCCGGAAAAAGGUUCAAAGGUCUGAAAAAGGGCGGCGUGACAGAGAAUGCGUCCUACUACAUCUUCACCCAGUGUCCCGAUGGAGCCUUUGAAGCCUUCCCUGUUCACGGCUGGUACAACUUCACUCCGGUGGCCAAACACAGAACUCUCACUGCGGAGGAGGCUGAAGAGGAGUGGGGCAGGAGGAACAAGGUGGUGAACCACUUCAGCAUCAUGCUCCAGCGACGUCUCCGCGAGCAAACGCAGGGUGACGAGGAGGAGGAGGAGAGCGAGAAAUCGGCCAAGAAGAAGAAGGGCGGCGGUCGAGGCGGCGACCUGCGCAUCCACGAUAUGGAAGAUGACUUUGAGAUGAGCAGCGAUGACAGCGACAACAGUUUGGGCGAAGAUGGAGACGGCAAGACCAAAGCAAAGAGUGAAGCGGGGAAAGGAAAAUCAAAGAAGAAGAAGAAGAGCAACGACAAAGAGGCUUUGGAAGAUAGCGAUGAUGGUGACUACGAGGGUCUCGAGGUGGAUUACAUGUCAGAUGAAAGCAGCAGUUCGGAUGAAGAACCCGAAAAAGGAAGGCCCAGUAAAGGAGAAGACAUCCCUAAAGGGAUUGAUGAGGCCUCAGAAAGCGAGGAAGAGAGCGAGGAGGAGAAACAGAACGAGGAGGAAGCAAAGGAAGAGGAGGAGGAGGAGGAAGGAAAGAAAACAACAGCACAGGCAGAAAAGAAGAAGAAAAAAGACAGCAGCGGCGAAUCGGACAGCUCUGACGACAGUGACAUCGAGGGAGAAACGGCCUCCGCUUUAUUUAUGGUGAAGAAGCGCACUCCUCCCAAGCGCGGAGGUGGACGCGGCUCUGCCGGGAGCUCCAGAACUGGCAGCCGGCCGGGAACGCCAUCCAUCGACUCCGCCGCAACCUCCAACACACUUCGCGCUGCUGCCAGCAAGCUCGAGCAAGGUAAAAGACAGACGCAAGGUCCAGGGACAGACUCGCCAGCUGCCAAAAGGCUCAAGAUGGACCCCAGCGGUCAGAGCCCUUGUCCCUCUGGGAAGAGCACCCCUCAACCCCCAUCAGGGAAAUCUACUCCCAGUUCCAGCGACGUACAGCUCACAGAAGAAGCGGUCCGCCGCUACCUAAUCCGGAAACCGAUGACCACCAAAGACCUGCUGAAGAAAUUCCAGACUAAGCGCACUGGCCUGAGCAGUGAGCAGACUGUCAACGUGCUGGCGCAGAUUCUGAAACGCCUCAACCCGGAGCGCAAAAACAUCAACGACAAAAUGCAUUUUUAUCUCACGGAGUGAAUGUUAGAAAGAGGCUCCAGAUCACACGUGAGCCUUUUGAAGACUAGCGCGCUGGAGAAAAUGGACAGAAGGGGGUGGAGGGAAGUGGAGAAUCAUUUUAUCGUGCGUUUUCAUGAUUAUGACACCAGAUCUGGAGAUUAAUUGCUCCACAUGUAGGAGGUGACAUUUUUUUUUUUUUGUAUAGCAACAGAACUAAUGUGUUGAAUGAAAAGAAACAAUUGCUGUUCACAACUAAGAACGUACAUGAUAGAAUCGAGUUGUUUUCUAAUAAAACUUACAAACCAAUAUAAUGGA